AGCUACUGUACAUUGCGUUCUAGCGCUUGAUCGUGCCGGCAUGCAGAAUCAAGUGCGCAACACACCAGUUCAUUCGGCAAAGUGGCGGUUGCCCCCGGCAGCAUAGGAGUACACGCUCGGCCGAUGAAGGCUGCUGCAGCGCUGCUCUCUGGCGAUGGCAGUGAAUGCGACCCAGUAGCUACGCGGAGGCUAAUGAUUCAUUCCGCAUCAAGAAUCGAGCGGAAUGCCGUUGAAAGUUCACAGCUCUGCGCUGCUGAUCGACAUGAAAUACGCGGGGGCGCAAGCGAUGCACCUACGCACUUUGUUCCCCGACCGUGAAGAUGGCCAACUCUACGUCCAUUGAAGAACUCUACCUACUUCAUUGGGCGUUGCAGGGCGUGCUUGCGGUGCAAGUCUUUUUCUAUCAUACCAACUUCCCUAAAGAUCCCCUACGGCUGAAACUCAUCGUAUAUGGGAUAUUCAUUUUCGAAUGGAUCACCUUCGGACUCAUUACGGCGGACGCCUUCGUCACGUUCGUUCACAACGCAAACAAAGGUGUCGACAAGUAUUACGCCAUCGGCAAUCAAUGGUUUGUCUGCUUUUUUGCAUGGCGCAUCUACGUGCUCUCGAGAUUCCUCCUCUGUGUUAUACAGAUCAUGAGCGGGAUCCUGAGAGAAGCACAUACGAUUGAUGGGGUGCUCUCAACAAAAUCUGGCGUAAUCACCAUAAUCCUCCUCGGAGCGACUACCCUGUUGGUCGAUGUCAUCACUGCCCUUUCGAUGACCAUUUUGCUACUCAGGCAGAAGAUGGUGUUGAGAAGGACGACUGUGAUGAUCAACAGGAUCGUUCUCCUGACUAUAGAGACAGGAGCCUUGACAGCGAGCGUCGCGAUCUUGGGGGGAAUACUAGCUCUGACAUUCCCUAAAGGAACGUACUAUAUUCCAGCCGUAUACAACCAAUCCAAAUUAUACGCCAUCACGCUCCUCGCUCACCUUCUCAAUCGCAUUCAUCUUCGUCGGAUACCGAGCCUCGACGGAACAGCAACGCAAGACGUCGAGCCAUCUCCAGAGCAAGUCAAGACGGUCAAGCCUGCAGCUACGGAGACCUUCAUGACAUGAUCUCGGUUCUGCGGCAUGGACAUAUGGGUGCACGUUCUCUUAGGAGUGCGGGCUUCUGGUUUGGUUGUGCUUUGUAUCCUCGCGUGUCUGUCUGACCGACAUGAUGUCUCAACGAUGUCUGGCGAUAUUCAGUACCAGUCGUUACUACACGUCCCAAGACUAAUUAUCAGUCGUGUCGACCUCCCCAGUGCAGGUGCAUCUCCA